GGCAUCUCCGCCUCUGACGUUCCUUUCCCUUUUACUCUCUGUACAUGACUCGCUAUGGCUCCCGCAGCCGAACACAGGCCUUCUGGAUCGGUCUCCCAAACCCAGAAUCACAAGGCCCAGCUUGCUACCGCGUAUAACGAACUUGGCAAGGAACUAUCCUCCCAGAAAAUCAAGGUGGUCGGGAACUACACGCUCGGAAAGGUCAUCGGAGAAGGAACAUACGGGAAGGUCAGGUUGGGAGUCCACCGCCUGACUGGUAUCCGCGUUGCUAUCAAGCAGAUCCCGAAGGCCAUGUCUGCGGCGCUCACUCGCGAGAUUCACCAUCAUCGACAGCUCCACCACCCGCAUGUCACGCAACUCUACGAGGUCAUCGCGACCGAGUCUAACAUCUGGCUCGUAACUGAGCUCUGCUCUGGAGGCGAGCUCUUUGAUUACCUCGCGGAGAAAGGCCGUCUAGAGGAGGAAGAGACCCGCGUAUUCUUUGGCCAGCUUUGUCUCGCGGUCGCGUACGUGCACGAGAAAGGCAUCGUUCACCGCGACCUCAAGCUGGAGAAUGUGCUGCUGGAUGAACGCUGCCGUGUCAAGCUCGGCGACUUCGGCUUCACUCGGGAGUUUGAACGGGGCACGCUGCUGGAGACCUUCUGCGGGACGACCGGAUACGCCGCUCCCGAAAUGCUCAUGGCCAAGAAGUAUCUUGGACCAGAGGUUGAUGUCUGGUCUCUGGGUGUGAUCCUUUACACACUCUUGACGGGCACGCUACCCUUCGAUGAUGACGAUGAAAGCAUCAUGAGGGACAAAGUCAUCAAGGGAGAGUAUGAUGAUCCUGAAUGGCUUUCGGACGAAUCUCGGGCUCUACUCGCUGGGAUCCUUCGUGUGGAUCCAUCAGAACGUUUCACGAUCGCGCAGAUCCUCACGCAUCCUUGGUUCACCGCUGGUAAUCAGCUUCCAAAGCGCAGCUCAUCUCAGAGCAGCUUUCCCAUCCUCUCCCGGCCAUCUUCGCCAGCACAGCUGCAGACUACCACAUCUCUCUAUCCACAACCUCCUUCCGCAUCCUCCGCUUCAGACGCUACAUUUCACUCUGCUUCCUCCGAGUUCUACUCCUCUGCGCCUACUACUCCUGAUGAGACUUCGCCUGGGUCCUCUUCUCCCGACGUACAGGGAAUGCACAGCAACGCCAGCGAGAGCACCUUGAAGAAACUCACAGCUAGGCAGCCGGUCCCAGGUUCCUCAAAGCCUCCUACUGUAUUAGAAGAGAUUGAUACAUUCCCUGACCGCCCACAUUCUACCCCUCCGCGCCCGAACGUAUCUCGGGAUGACAGUAACCCGAAGAUCCCUCCCGCUUAUCCUACCCGAACACCAGCACGCACCAAACGACGUUCUGUCUCUUCGACACUCUCGGAACACGGACCGAACAACUUCGAAAAGUCCAAUAUCCCUCUACCACCACAGGACUUUUCCUCCCUGCUGCAUACACCCGCGCCGCUCAUCUUCUCUACCCCUCUGGAGCGGGAGCUGCUGAACUCGAUGUGCUCUCUAGGCCUUGACACUGGCCAGAUCGUCCAUUCGGUCCUCAAUGACGCGUGCGACGCGACAGGUGCCUUGUGGUGGAUGCUCAAGCGUAAGACCGAGAAGAGAGUAGCCGAGGAAGGGGCUUCACAACCAUCCAUCGACACAUCGAUAUCGCACGGGCGUUCACAGCAUCGCUCGCACACAGAUGAAGCACGCUCGGAGGCCAGCGAUGGCACGGUCGGCCGUACCCGGGAGUCCCGCAUGCCCAUCCCCCCAGCGCUGAUGCCUGCUCACUCCGCGCCCGAGCUACAGCUCAUUCCUGCGACGCCUACCGCUCCUGUCUCAAAGCGCCCCUCGACUCCCCCGCGCAACCAUUCGCCCACACGUUUGCUAUCACCGUCGCCUUCGGUCGCGGACUCCCUGGCCGGCAAAUCGCUUCCGUCAACUCCCAGCGGGAGCAUGAAGGACAAAGACAAGGAGAGCCAAGGGUCGAAGGGCCGCAAGAACCGCUCGGGCAGCGUGAGCAUCAUGCAGCGCGCGACCACCGCGCUGGAGGCCGCGGGUCUCGUGCGGAAGAAGUCUGCGGAGGCGGUCCGCGAGGAGCGGGAGCGACGAGAGCGCGAAGAGAAGGAGAAGUCGGAGAAGAAGAACGGGAACGGGAGUACGGAGGAACCGCGAUCGUCACAUGGGAGCGGGUCGAGCAAGCACAUGAAGACCCCUCCUUUGCGCGCGGUCAAGGACGCGGCGAUGUCAUCUACGCCGCCGCCUGCGGAACUGAACGGCUCCCAGGGGCAGAUGGGCUCGCCGUGGGUCAUGGCGGGCAAGCAGUCCCCUCCGCCCGACACCGGCUCCCCAGCGGACACGCUCACCUCACUUCCUAGCAUCCCCUCGCGCGGGAACAAGAGCGCUAUUGGUAACCGGAAUCGCGCGAGUUUGCUCUCCACGUUCCAGCGCUGGUUCAGAGAGGACCCGAAGGGCAAGCGCAAGGAAGACCCUACAAUGGCGCAAGCGCUCGCUCACAGCAACUCGCUCAACAGCCCUGGUUCGAGUCCUGUGUCGACACGACGAGGAGGCACCGUGAAGGGCCGCGGACGCGGAAAGGCUACUGCAGGCCGCAGCAAGGCUCAGGCUGCUGCCCGCGCCGCCAAACGGGCUUCCAUGUCCUCACGACGGUCGAGCAGCGUGAAUUCGCGGCGGUCAUCCACGUCGGUGCAAUACGGGGUUGUCGAGUCGCCGCCGUACUCAGCCUCGGUCUCGCGCCGGCGCAGUGACCCAAGCCGACGGUCGUUCGGCAGCCACACGCCGAACUCGGAGCGCGAGGAGUUCAUGUCGCGCCCUAGCUCGAUACACAGCUUCAUCAACCACCCACGGCACCGCAAGUCACCGUCAGCGAGCUCGGCGGGGUCCAUUUACUUGGGCCGCACGGCGUCCCCCUUACCCAAGGGUGCUCAUCGUCGCGGCGGCUCGGGCUCCUCGACGAGGGUAGUCCGACAAAUACAGAUGACACCGUCUGGCUCGAAUCGUCCGCCACAUUUGCGGUCCAACUCAGCCUCCUCUGCGCAGUCCCGCGCGUCAUCGCGCCAAGGCUCCAUCUACGACCUCUCUGAGACGGACAGUCGCCGGAACAGCUCGCCGCACAAGGUCGCAGUGAGACGAUCACUGGACGAGACGCCUCGGCGUGCACACGGCGCCGCGACAUUCGUUGCUCACAAGCGCCAAACGCCGUUCGCGAACCCAAGCGGGAAUGGCGGAUACCUCAACUCACUGGGUCGUUCAAGCUGGAAGAAGUCGUGGGGCCUCGAGCCGCCCGGAUGGCAAACGCGCGCCGCGCACCCGGCCGUUGAAGUCCUAGCCGUCUACCCUGCGGAAAUGCCAGCCGGGAUCCGCGACGUCUUCUCUGGGCGGCAGUCUUUCAGCAUGGGAGACGAGUCGGACUGGGUUGACGAAGAGGAGGAGAGCCCCGCGUACGUUGGUGGUCUCGGCCAAAUGCCCUCCUCGGCGAGCAGCGCCGUCACGACGUUCGUGCAGGCGGAGACCCCUGCUCCCCGCAGCGUCACCCCGCGGGCCACUAGCAAGCGGGCGGCGACUACUGCGGUCACAAGUCUGUCCGUCGGGCCUGUGCCGCCCAGGGCGAACCGCACCAAGGCGAACCGCUCACCUGCGGGCCGCAGCUCUCCCCUCCCAGCGAACGACAACGUCUUCGAGAGUGCGGAGCAGCGGGGCGGGCGACGCCAGCUGCCCCCAGGGCGGGCCGGCCUCGCCUUCCGUGGCAUCCAAGAGGAAGACGAGGGCGAAGAGGAGUAGGGGUGGGUGCGCACGCUGAGUUCGUUGCUUCGGACAGUUCAGAUGUAUAUACCAUGUUGAAGUUGUUCGCCUGAGGACCGUCGCAGCUGCUCGCGUUGCGCUCCCUAUCCUUAUCCAUUCGUUUUUUCGGAUCGCGCUGUAUAUUCC